AGACUCGUUUUACAAAUAGUGUCCAAAGUGGGAUCUUGAAAUUUCCAUUUCCACUUAUAAUUCUGUUGCAGAAGAGGUAUACACGUCAUAUAGACACGUGGCGUAUCUAAAAUCCGAAACUUACAAAGUUGCCACUGUAGUAUAGGAAACAAAGAAGGGUAUAUCGGUCAUUGUAAUGCCACUCUUAGGAUUCUCUUGAGGUAUUUCCACCUUAGUCGGUUGCUCAGUGCGUGCAUUCGUUUAUAUCCAUUUUCUCUUUCUCUCUCUCUCUCUAGUUUUUGGAACACUACUCGUUUCGGUGAUUCGGUUACUACCGUUUCGUUCAUAUUUAAUUGAAUCCAUCAUUGUUUUGGUUUUGUGUCAAUGGGAAUCAUGGAUCAAAUGAACAAGGAAUGUUGUUCAUAUGAUGAAAUGGGUGUGAUCAAGAAAUGUUGUGCUGAUUGCAAAACCACCAAGACCCCACUUUGGAGAGGAGGACCGAAUGGACCCAAAACGUUGUGCAACGCUUGUGGAAUUAGGUACAGGAAGAGAAGAGGUUGUUGUAAGAAAGGACAAGAAAAGGAAAGGAAGAGAGAGAAAUCAGAGAGUGAGAGUGAUGACGAUGAUGAUUGGAGUGAGUUUUUGAGAAUGAAGUUAGUGGCUUUAGGGGAAGAGGUUUUCUUGCAUUCUGUUUUGAAGAAAGAAAAGAGGAUUAAGUUAGGUGAAGAGGAAGAAGCUGCUGUGUGUUUAAUGGCACUCUCUUGUGGCUUUGUUUUUGCUUGAAGAUAGAUAUUCCAUAGUUUUUAUGACCACCAUUGAAGAUAUUCCAUAGGUGCUAACAAGUAGUAACAAGUGUUUUUUUUUGGGAGCAUUUUGAAGUAGAAAGGGUAUGAAAUUCAGUGGUUUAGAGUUAGGGUGUAGAGAAUGAAGGGAGAAAGGAUUGGGUUUUCUUUUUUGUUUCUUCUGUUUAUAUUAUUAUCUAUGCUAUAAUAUGUUGAGUUCAUUGAGUUA